AUGACCUCUCGGCUCACGACUCUCACCGGCCUGUUGGAGCAAGUUCCAAUCUUCAAACGCACGCCUAUAUACACCCCGUCCAUUGUACUCAAUACGAGAGCCAUGGCUCCCCGGCGUGUCCUACACUCUAUGCCUUCUGUGCUGAUGCGCGCCGGUACCUCCAAGGGUCUCUUUAUCCAUCGCGCGAACCUUCCGGAAUCCCAAUCCGACUGGGCUCAGGCCAUUGUCGCGGCAAUGGGAUCCUGCUACGCCGACCCCAAGCAGAUUGAUGGUCUCGGUGGUGGGUCGAGCGUCACGUCCAAGGUUGCUGUCAUUGCUCCCUCGGCUCAUUCCGAGAUUGACAUUGACUACACGUUUGUUCAGGUGGCUGUUGGCGAGGAAAAGAUUGAUCUGUCUGGGAACUGCGGCAACAUGGUGUCUGGCGUCGGCCCAUUUGCGGUGCAGGAGAAUCUCGUCUGCGCCGAAGCCGGAGCCCGGACUAUAGACGUCCGCAUUCUCAAUACAAACACAAACAGAGUCAUAGUCGAGACGAUUGAGCUUGACGAGGAUGGACGGGUGGUGGAGGAUGGCGAGUGUCACAUCCCAGGCGUGGCCGCCCCCGGUGCCCCGAUCAAGGUCGCCUUUGUCGAGCCCGCAGGCAGCAUGACGGGCGAAAUGUUCCCCACCGGCCGGCUCUCCGAAGAGAUUGAGGUCAGCGCGGUCGAAGGCCUCGAGAGUUUCAAGGCAGAGGUGACAAUCGUCGACUGCGCAAACCCAUUUGUCCUGAUUGAUGUGAGCUCGCUCCCCGGUGUUGUGGCGCAAAAUGCGGAAUUACAAGCUCAGGUCGUCGAAGCCAUCCGCUGCGAGUCUGCCGUACGCAUGGGUCUCGCCCACACCGUCGAGGAAGCAUCAAACACAAGGGGGACCCCCAAAGCGGCUAUAUUGAUGUCUUCCCACACGUCCAAGUCGGACCUCAAGGUCAGAGCAUACAGCAUGGGCAAGCCGCACCCCAGUCUACAGCUCACUGGUGGUGUCUGCCUCGCCGCCGCCGCGUGUAUUGAGCACACUGUCCCGUACCGUCUACGGAUGGCAUCGGCGCGCGGUCUUGCCACUGUGCCGUUCACCCCUAGCCCGGUGACAGAUUCCGGGUUUAUGCUGGCAACCUCGGAAAAGGAGGACACGGUCCGCCUCGAGCACAGCCGAGGAGUGAUGACAAUGGACGUGAGGAAGAGCCUGACGAAGAACGGCGUCAGUAUUGAGCAGGUCAGCGGCGUCCGUACGGCGAGGAGACUUUUUGAAGGCAAUGUCCUGUAUUACGCAUAG